GCGGCAUAAAUUCGGAAAGUCUUCACGCUCUCUCCCAACUAGAAUAGUUUCUACUGGAUUUUGCACCGACUCGGAUACAUUAUUUAUUCUCGGGAUAACAAUACGAUCGUGCAGAAACAUGCCUGACAAGAACAGUCGGCUGCGUCAGGCUCAGGAAGAGGCGGAGGAGGUGAAGGUCAUCAUGAUGGACAACAUGGAGAAGACCGAGGAACGCAAGGAGAAACUGCAGGACCUUGACAAAAGGGCUAAGGAACUGAAGUUAAAAAGCAAGUCCUUCUACAAGACCUCAAGGAAGUUGAAUGAGCAGAAGAAAUGUGACAACAUCAAGGCCAAAUGGAAGCUCAUUGCUGUUGUUGCAGCCUCGGCCAUAAUUGUCAUUCUAGUAGCCAUCUUCAUGUUGGUCAACAGAUCUAGCCCAGAAAACACACAUGAUAUAGGCAGUAUCCCAAUGAACAAAGGAGGCAUUACACCAACAACCAUUGGGCCUGGGAAGUAGGCUAUAGCCUAGAAUCAAUAGGGCUGAAGAGGAAACAAAUUGUGGACACUACUUGAACGAUACUACUAUCGGUCAAAGGUUUUUUCUAGCUUCUGUUGUUGAUACUUUACUUGUCCUUGUACACCCAUUGGAGACUUCUACAGAUCCAUCAGGGAAGAUAAAUAACUUGUUAAAGAAUUCCAUUAUUCAGAAUCUUGUUGGGAUUACCAAUUAUCUGUAAACUAUUACAUCUGAUAAUAUUGAAAUCAGAAAAGGUAAGACAUUAGGGGUGAUGACGAGAUAGAUUUGGUCUAUUUCCUUUCAACAGCAUUUAUAAUGUAUUACUGUACAUCUUGGGAUACACAACUAAGGUUAACCUGAACAUAAAAUAGUUGUAUUUUGUAGUUCAUUUGAAAAUACAAUUUUUUCAGAU